CUCGUUUACUGUCAUGACUUAUUUAAGGUGGUACGGUCUGGAUUACAAUUUUAGUUAGUUUUGGUUUAUGUUUAAUUUAUGUUUGAAUACAAAUGUAAUACAUUAUACAAAAAAAAUAAAAUACAACAUGAAGUUUCAAAGCAGGAAUUGAUAGAUUAAACAAACCAAAACUAUCUUAAAAUUAUAAUUCAGCCGUACCACCUUACCACCAUCUCCACAUUGUCACGGAGAAUUGAGCCCCAGCGCGUCCAAUCACCGGAGGACUCCUCGGUUCAGAAUGGCCCCGCAGCCAAUGGCAGGCGAGAGAGGGGGCGGGUUUGUUUUCGCUUCGGUCCCUCACAAUAUUUUUCCCUGAAGGAGAGAGAGGAGGCUGGAGAGGCUGAAUUAACGAGAAAUUUGUUCAGAAGACAAAACUGGAUUAUCCUUGUGAAAGAGAAGAUUCAAUGAUGGAGCCUGUCCAUAUUAAAGUGGAGAGUCCUGUACUAGAAUCAGUCCAUAUUAAAGAGGAGAGUACAGUACUAGAAUCAGUCCAUAUUAAAGUGGAGAGUCCUGUACUAGAAUCCGUCCAUAUUAAAAGGGUUGUUCUCAAUUCUAAACCCUUAAGCAGCUUGCAGGGCUCUCUUCCCUGUCCUGGAUGUGGGGAGAGUUUUAAUCCUGAAGGAAACCUUGAAACAUCUCCUGGAAAGACUCUGCAUCGCUGUGCUGGAUGUGUGAAGACUUUCAGGGAGUCAGGAAUCCUGAACGGACAGCAGCAAACAGGCACUGGAAAGACUCCAUAUAACUGUCAUGAAUGCGGGGCAGAUUUCAGACACCACAGCACCGUGAAACACCACCUGCGAGUUCUGAAGGUACAGCUGGGUUAUCCUUGUGAAAGGCAGGACUCAGAGAUGGAGCCUUUCCACAUUAAAGAGGAGCUUCCUGAACAUUUUAAAACAAGCAGCUUGCAGGGCUCUCUGUCCUGUACAGAAUGUGGUAAGAGUUUCAGACAUUUACAAAACCUGAAACGUCACCAGCGAAUCCACACAGGAGAGAAACGACAUGUCUGUCCUGACUGUGGGAAGAGUUUCAGUGAGUCAAGCAACUUAAAAAGACACCAUCGAAUCCACACAGGAGAUAAACCAUAUCUGUGUAGUAAAUGUGGGAAGAGUUUCAGUUCUAUAAACAAAUUGAAAAUGCACCAGCGAAUUCACACAGGAGAGAAACCUCAUGUCUGUGCUGACUGUGGGAAGAGUUUCAGUCAGUCCGGCACUUUGAAAAGACACCAGCAAAUUCACACAGGAGAGAAGCCACAUCACUGUUUUGAGUGCGGGAAGAGUUUCAGCCGGAUAAGCAUCUUAAAAUUGCACCAGAAAAUCCACACAGGAGAGAAACCGUAUGUCUGUGCUGACUGUGGGAAGAGUUUCAGACAUUUACAAAACAUGAAACUUCACCAGCGAAUCCACACAGGAGAGACACCAUAUGGCUGUGUGGACUGUGGGAAGAGCUUCAGAAAUUUACAAAAGCUGAAACUUCACCAGCUAAUCCACACAGGAGAGAAGCCGCAUCACUGUAAUGACUGUGGGAAGAGAUUCAGUCGAAUAGACAAAUUGAAAAUGCACCAGCGAAUCCACACUGGAGAGAAACCUCAUGUCUGUGCUGACUGUGGGAGGAGUUUCAGUCGGGUAGACAAAUUGAAAAUACACCAGAGAACUCACACAGGAGAGAAACCUUAUCACUGAUUUCAAUGUGGAAAGUCUUUUUACUGCUUCCAGUUCUCUUAAAAGACACGAAUGCAGGUUGUGAAAGUUUAAGCAGAAUGUGAGUGUGUGUUCAUUCACCCGCACUCAGAAAUUUCCAGUCUUUUUAAACAGCAGCUCAACCCUUUUACAAGCUGUGUGUUUUUGUGUCAUAAGUCAUUCAAAUUGUAUCAGAUCACAUAUCAUUUAAAAGCUUAGGGCUUGCAGACCUUUUUCCCCCCAGUAUAUAUUUACAUAAUUUAGAACAUGCUGGAAUAUAAAAAGGCACAGAAAUGACAACGAAGUAAAAUUACAAACAUUUUUCAGUAACUAUUUAUGCAUUCACUUCACCGUGAAGUGUAUACGUUUGACUUCAAGUAACUCUGUCAACGGGAAAGCGAUGACACCAAGAGGUGGUGUUAAUGGAAAAGUCCACAUUUGAGGAGGAAUAGAGUUUAUCCAACAAUAAGACCAUAAAUGGAAUGAGCUUUGACCUCUUGAGGUCAAAUAAGUAAAUAACAAAAUAAAUCAAAUAGUAAAUAAAUAAAUACAAAAAAACUAUUAAAAAAAAUACAUACGCAAUUGUAAAUACAACUAAAAACACUGCCUUGGAGCCGAUGAGGGUUGGGUACUGACGAGCUGUCAGCCUCAGCAGGUGUCCUGUGGUGCUCAGCCUGCCUCUCUGAACACCUGCACUGGGGUCUGCGCAGUCAGGCACGGUAAAUCAGAAAGUCUGGUAAAGCCACAUUCUCAACAGGCAAAUAAAAAAGUAAAGUGCAGUAAAUGCAUAGUGUAAGCAUGGGAGAAGGGUGAUAAACUGCAAUAUUACUGUGCAAAUUUAUAAUCCACUUAUCAACUUUUAAAAGAGUGAAGUUAUUUGCUUCUUAGUAAAAUAAAACGACAAUGUACUGCAAAUAAGUUGCAAAUAAAACAUCUUUUGCUCAAACAUUAUAACUCUACUAAUAAGCAGCAACCUUGUAGCUGAGAUGUCUGUUGUACAAGCAUUUACUACAGAAAAUCGGGUUAAAAAAUGAACCCUUCAGAUGGUGAAUUACAAAUAAAUACAAACCCGUGCAGACAUCAAAUGGCUGAUAAAAAAGACUGACUUAGGACGUCUUUUUAUAAAGUAAAUCAUCUGCCUAAAUAACUAUCGACACGCGAUCAAUGUGAUAGGUAAUUUACAUGUAAAAAACUAAAUAAACCAACAUGCAAGGAAACCAACAAACACGAGAAUGCAUCCUAAAUAUAUUGCUAAUGUAAUACGUCAUGGCGUAAGGGAUAUGUGAGCAAGAACAUAAAUAAAAAAACAGAGACAACAUCAAAUCAUGAAUUCUUACCUUCCGUGUCUACAGCGAAAAUAUGAUCCAAAAGCUCUUCAUCCUUCAAUUCAGGAUCCUUGACCCUACAGGAGUAUUCACAAUUACUCUCAUUCUCCAAAACUAACUGCAUUACAGCCUGCGCACCUACCUUGCGAGAUCGCUUGCCGAAUUACAUUUUACAAAAGUAGCGCUCUCUGUUUUCACUCAUAAUUACAAUCUCAUCCGGGUUCAAAGUUCAUCGAGUCUUCCCUUCAGGCCACUAGACUUUUUUUUAAUCCUAUCGGUACACACAGAUCACAAUUCAGCACCUUUUUAAUUGAUAAACAAGCCAGGCAGUGUUGUGAAAGGGUUAGUAUAAAAACUGUAAGAACUCUGGUGAAUGUCUACAGACGACACAGAUCCCUCAAUAUUAAACACACUGUUCUGAAGCCAUUACAUUUAUAAAGUACAUAACUAUAAGUUCUAUAGCAUUAAUAUCAUUAAUCUUGUUGCUGUUUAAAUAACGUAGCUGUAAUUAGGGUUAGAAACUAAUACAACUGGUACUAGUCCUAAGGACUAGUACCUUUUUAAACUCACUAGUCCUUGAGUGAAAUUCCUGAGUCUGAAUCAACAACAGCUGUUGAGGUCCCUAAAAUAUUAAGCUGAAAUUUUAUUUUCCUAAAAAAUGAACACUUAGAUUUUUUUUUUUUUUUAUUAUUGUAUUUAAAAAGCAAUGCAAUGAAUAUGAAUGCUCAUUCCCGGAUACAUUGAUUGUGUUUCUGCAUCUGCCUUCCCCACAUUCCGAACCCCAGUAAAGUCCGUGUGGACAACACCGUUGACAGCAUACUUCACGUAGCAUAUCACUGCCUCAGUAAUGGAACUAUCUGUAAAACCAUCCGAGAUCACCCACAGAUAUUUAGCAGUUGUCAUUCUGGUUAACUGGGCUGGACGCUGGGUCCUCUCAAUAGCGUGUAUACACUCUUUUUCCUGUUUAGAAUUGCUAUAGGUUUUCCCCACAUGUAAUCCUUUUGCCUCGUCCAGGUCACACAUCCAUUCAAAGUCAGAUUAAGAGUGGGCAUGCUGUGCAGGGGCGUGAGCUGUUCUGAAAGCACUUUUACCUUUAAAAUCACAGACGAGUUUCCGGUUUGUAGUAAUUGGUAUGCUUUUGAUGUGCCUUGUUCGGCAGUCUUUGCCUUCAGCAGUUUCCCACAGGUAUCUUGAUUACUUGAUUUUUCAUGCACUUUAAAAUCAACUCUAUCUUAACACUAGAACUGUGGGUCACUGUGAGGCUGUGUGGUCCAGUGGUUAAAGAAAAGGGCUUGUAACCAGUAGGUUCCCGGUUCAAAUCCCACCUCAGCCACUGACUCAUUGUCUGACACUGAGUAAGUCUCUUAACCUCCUUGUGUUCCGUUUUUCGGGUGAGACGUAGUUGUAAGUGACUCUGCAGCUGAUGCAUAGUUCACACACCCUAGUCUCUGUAAGUCGCCUUGGAUAAAGGCAUCUGCUAAAUAAACAAAUAAUAAUAAUAACUGUGACCCAUACAUUUUUAAACUGCUUCAUUAUGAAAAUUAAAUACAUACUAUCAGAUACAACUGAAAAGCUUUAUUCAUGAACAUCAUAUCUAACAUUUGCAUCACAGAGACACCGUAUUUAAAUGGAAAAUUAAACAUAAAAGGCUUUAUUUUUAAAAUGAGCGCAUAUACAGCACGACUACAAACAGUGAAAAAAUAUAAUAAAAUACACAUUUAAAAAGAAACAGGUAUGUACAUAUACCCGUGUACAUGUGUAAACACGUACACACAAAACUAUAAAACCGAAAUCAUCAUUUCUAAUACUACAUAAAAAGAAAAUACGGAGCACAAGUGACCUGCUCAGGGUCACACAAUGAGUCAGUGGCUGAGGUGGGAUUUGAACCGGGGAUCUCCUGGUUACAAGCCCUUUUCUUUAACCACUGGACCACACAGCCUCCACUCAGAUCUCUGGCUCUACCGCUCCUAUUAUGCACUGGACUCGCCUGACCUCAGCACCACAUUACUAGAUCCUCAGCUAAUGCACUAUCCUUGUCAUUGUAGAUAUAACUUUUUGCAUCCUAGUUCAUAUUGUAUUUUAGUGGUAUUAUUUGCACUUACUGUAAACUACACUGUAUUUAAAUAUUAAGCUUGCAUUUUAACCCUUUUAACCUUUCUAUUUGAUAUUAAAAUACCUGUAUCUCUGUUUUACAUCUCCAACAGCUGCCUAUGUAAAGAACUACAGCUCCCAUCAUCCCUCCCUGUUGCUGCCAGUGCAGAGGCAUGCUGGGAGCUGUAGUUUGCAUUCUGAUUAGUUCUGAUCAUGGCAUUAGUGUUUCUUCAACUCCCCUUACCUCCCUAUGAUGUCAGCAAUCAUUCCGAGCUGUUAUUUUUAAUACUGCAGUUACUCAAACACUGACACGUCACAUUUUAAAUGACUUAUGAAAUAACUGGAUUUUAUUAUAAUAUUCCUUUAAAGUAUCUCCAAUGGAAACAGGCUGUUCUUCGUAUCUUUCUGUAUCUUUCCUAUGCAUUUAUAUCCCCUUCAGUCACUGUGUGUAUAAUUGUACCACAUUAAGUAUCCUAUCUAUGUAUCUAUUUUAUAAAUAGCUCUUCUGAUUGUCAGUGUUUUACCUCAUCUUUUCUACUCCUUUAAGAAUUCAAUUGAUUCCUGUUCAGCCAUUUCUUCUGUGAAACAGCUAAAUGGGCUUUUUAAAUCGUAAGUCUGACAUUAAGCGAAGACUCGAUGAACUCUGACUCGUCUUUAUUAACGUAAAUACAAUCCUGCAUAACUAUUAUAAUGAAGUGUGUUUCAGCAUGAAAUACUUCAUUUUUCAUUACAGAUUUAAUAAAGAUGAGUCGUUAUUAUUAACAUGUGUUGGAGAAACAUACACUCUACGAGAAACUAUAGUUUACAAAAUUAACUGGGUUUUAGAUCGAGUUAGUAUUUGGAUUUUAGAGUUAGUUAAGUUAGUUAGACAAUUUGGGGUUUAAUAUUGAAUGUUGAAGCAGGAAAGACAGAUCUUAAAGGAGAAAGCUUUGAAGUACACCAUAUGGAAAUUUAAAGGGGACCCUGUGUUUUCUCAGAGACAACAUUGUGGGGCUAAAACCUUCAAAGACUGACAGUCUCCUUCCUUUACUUAACUUUAUGACUUUAUCGCUUUGCCAGUAAACAUCAGAGAGGCUUUGAUGUCGCAUUCAGUUAAGGUAAUAAAUGGAAGGUGGACCCACGUGCUCAGUGAUAUGACUGGCUGAUAAAUAUGCAUCAGUAUGUAAUUGUCUUUUCUGAUAGGGUAAGGAAGGGGUGAUGUCAUAAGGGAAGCCUAUGUUAAUUCAAACAUUGUAUUGUCUUGUGCUUAAGGAAAAUAGAGCACCCUGCUGCUCUACUGUAUCUAAUAAAAUAUCUUUGUUGAAAUCUACAA